GGGGAAGAAAACGUUUAAAAAAAAGAAAAGGCAAGGACUGCAGAUGCUUCUGCUUUAUAUAAAUGAACAGAGAAAAAAAAAGUUGUCAAUAGAGAGAGAGAGAGACAGAUUGUGAAUAACUCUGUAUGCAUCUCUCUCUCUACGUGACUGAAUGCACCAGCCCUUUCUUUUGCCUUGCUUCCCGCCCGUUUGUGUAUGGUAGAUAGCCUCUCCCCUUCGGAAACACCCCAACCCCUAGUUUCGGGCCCGGCGCUUUCUGUUCUUCUCCUGUUGUCAUGAUCCCAACACCCGAUCUAACACACUUGACCAGCCGAGAUUUCGACAAUGUCUAUGAACCCGCGGAGGACACGUUCCUGCUUUUGGACGCGCUUGAACAAGACGAAAAACGGAUCCAAACACAACAACCAACAAUUUGCCUUGAAAUUGGGUCUGGAUCGGGAUGCGUAACUACAAUGCUAGCCAAGAUUGUCGGCGCAAGCAACGCAGUGUUCUUUACUACGGAUAUAAAUAACCACGCUUGCCAUGCAACGCAACGCACGGGUCGCCAUAACAGCGUGCACAGUGUCGAAACUGUUCAAACAUCGUUGGUUGAGUCAUUAUUACCACGGCUUGAGCAUGCUGUCGAUAUUUUAUGCUUUAACCCACCCUAUGCGGUGACUCCACCUGAAGAAGUAGGAAGCUUUGGCAUUGAGGCUGCAUGGGCCGGUGGUAUUGAUGGAAGACAGGUCAUUGAUGCAUUAUUACCCUUUAUCCCUCAAUUGUUGUCACCACAGGGCGUGUUCUACCUCUUGCUUAUCAAUGAAAACCGACCGGCCGAGGUUGCCGAAAUUAUGCGUGCUCAGUAUGGUAUGCAGGCUGAGAUCGUGAUGGAACGGAGAGCGGGUAGGGAGAGACAAUAUAUCUUGAGAAUACAACGUCCUACUUGAUGGCAGAAAUGACAAACAAUACAAAACAAUAAUAGUUAUUCAGUUCGUCAACGAUUGAUCAAAUACAUCAUUCUGCAUAUCAUUAGAGCAUAGGAGAGUAAGCUACAGGGCAUGUGGCGGCCUCCUUGAAUUUUGUCCUAGCACUGCGUUUUAAUACCGUACUGCUACUUGCAUAGCUCUAUAUUUAAAAGAUGUCAAUACUAUUGAAUUUAGAGUGUGUGUUUUU